AUGGAUGCAAAGUAUGCUGGAGAGGGCCAACCCGUAAGCCGAGAAGGUUUCGAUCAGCUUUUCGCAGGGGAAUACAAGGAAAGUCUCAAGUUUCUUAUCUCUUCCCAGAACAAAAACUACAACUGUGCACAAAGAAUUGAAUUAACACCAUUCUUGCAGGCUAUGAGUGACUACCCCGCAGCCAUGUUUCCCGACGAGCUAAUCGCAGCCUAUCCCUCCGCCAAGGUGAUUCUUUCCAUUCGCGACGAAGACGGAUGGAUCAGAUCAAUGGAAGAUACAAUUUUGCAUCGGUGGAAUGCAGAAAGAGCAGCUAGUCAAGUUGCAACAGAUACUGAGUCUGAGGUUCCUGAUUCAAUCAUCUCAACUCGAAAUGAGAUGGUUCGUAAAAUACAAAGAUAUGCUUGGAAUGAUAAUUUUGGAAAGAAUGGGCGUCGGCUGUUUCGCAGCCACAACGAGCAUAUUCGUCAGCUUAUGAAGGAGCGGAGGGAAGAUUUUAUUGAGUAUAAGCCUGGAGAAGGGUGGGAGUCACUCUGCCAAUUUCUCGGCAAAGAGAUUCCUGAUCAAGCAUUUCCCCGAAAGGAUGAUUGGGCGGAGUAUAAGGCGCAGACGAAGAGGAAAGAGUGA